AUGGACCUUGGUCUUCAGUUCAGCCCACAGAUGUGGAGCAGCAGAGAAAGUCUGGACUUUCUCAAAUCUUACAAACCCCUAAACGAAGAAGUCAGUCAUCUUAGGAUUCUGCUCUAUGGUCCCGUUGGUGCUGGAAAGUCCAGUUUUGUGAACUCAGCUGACUCCGCUUUAAGAGGUCGUCUUGCUGGGCGAGCUAAAACAGAUGCAAUCUCUGGGCAAAGCUACACCAAGCAAUACAAAACAUACAAAAUCAGAAAAGACAAUCAGAGCCACUAUUCAUUUGUUUUCAAUGACAUCAUGGGAAUUGAGCAAAACCUGAACCACGGAGUCAAUGUGGACGACCUGAAACUGGCUCUGCAGGGACAUAUGAAGGACAAUUACAAGUUCAACCCUGUCAGCCCACUGACACAGAACGAUCCGGACUACAACUCCAAUCCUUCUCUGGAUGACAAAGUCCACGUCCUGGUCUGUGUCAUUCCUGCUGACCAAGUGUCUCUGUUAACUGACAGAGUAGUGCAGAAGUUAAGACAAGUCAGAGCAGCUGCCACUGAACUGGAUAUUCCCCAAAUGGCCAUUCUCACCAAAGUGGACCAGGCCUGUCCUGAGGUGAAAAGAGAUUUUAGUAACCUACACAAGAGCAAGUACCUGAAGGAGCAGGUGGAAAAACUCAGCAUGAUCCUGGGAUUACCAGUCAACUGCAUCUUUCUGUUGAAGAACUACGCAUCAGAAACCAAAAUCAGUGAUGAGAUCAAUGAGCCGAUCCUGGAUGCCCUGAACCAGAUAGUGAACUACGGAGACGACUACCUGGAGGAUCUUUAA